AUGGAAUGUUCGAAAAGAGCCGCAGCUGUCGAUGUUUCUAUAAAAAUCGUGGAAUCCGUGGGAGCGAAAAGACAAGAUGUUGUGUUUGAUAUGGGUUGCGAAGAAGUACAAGAGCUUUUUCCAUGGAUAAACAUUCCAGCUGGUGUUGCCGAGAUAGAGAGAGAGGACUGCUAUUAUUCUGCGACGUUUGACCCAUUAUUAGACGAAAACACUGAGUACAGCUGCAAACGUAGAGAAUAUAUGGCUGGAAUUGCGCGUCUUACUGGAACCAGGUUACAAAUUCUCUGCUGUCGUUUACGUUCUCGUGACGAGUUCAACUGUAGCGAAGUGUCUUUUAACAAGCCCAUUGGUCAUACCAAAAGUACGAUCAUUGAGUACGAUAAUAAACUGAUAAACGCAAUCCGAAUAGAUGACAAAAUCUACGUGGUGAGGUUCUGCGACCUUGCGCCACGGGAUAUAGCCAAUAUCUAUGGAGAUACGAAGAAGACGCUAACUCGCCAGCAUGUUACUACACUCAAGCCUUAUGCAAAGGCGAGGGACAAGGGCAACCCGUCCUUGAUCGAAUCACGAGCGACAACACUCCGGCAUUCCACGUCAUUGUUUGAGACUGCAUCACUGAAGCCGGUGUCCCUGCAGAUGAGUUCUUCACAGUCAAUCAUUCAACAUAUGGAACCCUUGUCAGAGACAACAAAUAGUGCAGCGAAGCCUGAAGCAUUGAAAGAUCAAGUUUCCGCUCGAAUAAGCUCAGCCAAAAUGGGUGCUGUCGGGAAAAUGCAUCAUGAGAAGACGCUCACGACAACGUCCAACAUUUUUUCGACUAUCCGAUACCCUAUAAAUCAAGUCGAGACAGUGAGACAAAUCACCAGGUUUCAACAGAGUGAAACUCCUCAAACCUCUAGCAACUGUGAGAAUCUACUCAUAAACCAUUAA